AUGAGUGGCUUACGUACUUCUGAAAAAGAACACUAUACUGUCGAAAAAUUUGAGCCUGAUUCCGGGAUAUCACCAGCUUCGCCUACCGACAACGUGAUCAAACCCCGGGCGUCAAAUCUGCUAGAGAGGACUGAAUCAAAAAAGCCAAUCAAAUUUACAGUACGGAAAAUUUCGAGGGAAGGAGGUAUGCCCAUAGAAGAAAAAGGAGGAAAUUUACGACCCAUUACUCAGCGUUACGGGAACUUACCAGAGAACAAAUCCCGUGCGAUUGAUAGGAAAAUGGGUGACAAAGCGUAUCAAUUAAAGCACAAUCAAUCUAAGUACGAUGAAUACGUGACGCGCAUCGACAAGAUCGAAAAAGAAGUCCGCUUUUUAAGUACUCUCCUUCCGCCGUAUAAUGUGGAAAUUGACUACCCAACUCGCCUGAAGAUUACCCGGGCCAUUGAAAAAUUGAGAAGUAAAAAGGAUGAAAUCGAGAAGAGGAAAUAUGAUCUUGGAAUGUCUAUUAGUCGAUUGUGGCGCGAAUUCGAUGAAAACAAUACUUGGGUACGAUCAGUUAGCAAACACUAA